AAGCAAGGUAGAGGGGAAAAUUAAGCUCUUAGUGUAGCAGGGACAUGGAGCGGCGGCGGCGGGAGGUCGGGGGAGGCGGCGGGGGCGCGAAACUGCGGUAGUUGCCCGCUGGUUUGGUGGUGUGGCUCUGUGGAAAGGGCGCAGUUCCUAACCCCCUCUCUGGCAGCGGCCGGGGCUCGGGGCUGAGAGCGGCCGUGGGGCCGCCUCCACGGGCCCCCUGGCUCCGCCAUGUUCCGCAGGGCACGCCUUAGCGUGAAACCGAAUGUCAGGCCUGGUGUAGGUACCAGGAGCUCCACCGCCCCAAAUCCCCAGCGUGGCCAAGAGGUUCCCAGGGCGCCGGAGCCCGCAGCGGCCUCUGCGUCGAAACCAGCAGAGUCCACAAAUGUGCUCCCGGUCAAUUUCGGGGAAGCGGAGCCCCAAGAAAAGGCUCCCAGAAGCAGUGAUGAAAAGACUGAUGGCAAGAAUUAUGUUGAAGAAUCCAGUAAAUCUUCCUCUACUGUUUCACAGAGGAGAAAGCGAACAUCAAGUACACCUACUCUGGUAAAGCCUAGUGUCAGUGUUCCUUCAGAGCCUCAUCCCUUAUCUACAGUUAAUCAAGAAGCUGCACAACCAAACCCCAUUCCAACAAAAGAGAAACAGCCAUGCUCAGACAGAUACCGAAUAUAUAAAGCACAGAAACUGAGAGAAAUGUUAAAAGAAGAAUUGAGGAAAGAGAAGAAGCAAUGGAAAAACAAAUAUGCCAUAAAUGAAAGUCAGAGGCCACAAGAUCGUUCAAAAAUGACUAUGAGGGAUUUCAUAUAUUACCUGCCAGAUAACAAUCCAAUGAGUUCUUCACUGGAGCAAGAAAAGAAAACUGAAAAAUCAUUGAUACCAGCCCAGACAAGAGAGCAAGAAGGUAAGAGUGUUGCUAAUGCUGAAGAUAAUGAAGAAAUAGAAGAAGAGAUGGAUGAUGGGCCAUUGCUGGUUCCUCGAGUAAAAGUGGCAGAAGAUGGUUCUAUUAUUUUGGAUGAAGAAAGUUUAACUGUAGAAGUUUUAAGGACAAAAGGCCCCUGUGUUGUUGAGGAAAAAGACCCCAUAUUUGAGCGUGGUUCUACAACUACAUAUUCUAGCUUUAGGAAAAACUAUUACUCUAAACCAUGGUCAAAUAAAGAAACAGAUAUGUUUUUUUUAGCCAUCAGCAUGGUAGGAACUGACUUUUCUAUGAUUGGACAGCUUUUUCCUCACAGAGCAAGGAUAGAAAUUAAGAAUAAAUUUAAACGUGAAGAGAAAACAAAUGGAUGGAGAAUAGAUAAAGCAUUCCAGGAAAAGCGUCCAUUUGACUUUGAUUUUUUUGCUCAUUUGCUUCAGAAAGUUCUUGCUGAAGAAGAGAAAAGAAAACAAAAAUCCAUUAAAAGUCAGAGUUUAAAGGAGAAAAAAUCCUGUAAACCACGGAAAAACGUAAAAGUGAAAAAAGUUGCCAGUGAAGGAGUGAAUGAUGAUCCAGAUGAGUCUAUGAGCACUAAAAUUUCAGACAUAGAAGUGUCUCAGAAGGAUGCUCAGACAGUUGAAGAACAGCAGUCUCUGACUUCAGCAGGACAGGAUUCAGAACAGAUUGCAUUAGAAUCAGACCUAAAUCAAAAGAAAAGAAGAAAGAAUCAGGAUAAAGUUGGUAAAAAAGAAAUAAAUCUUUCAGGAAAUGCUACUGUUCAACCAGGCCCUUCUAAAGGAAGAAAAAACAAAAAUAAGUGUCAGUCUUUAAGACCUGAGAUAAAUGAAGAUGAAGUCAAUCAGGAGCAGAAACUUCCCUGUAUACAGAACGUAGAUGACAUUGUGGGUUUACCCUCCAGAGAAAAAGUUGAGAAAAGAACUAACCUUUCAUCAAGUGUUCAACAAGAGGCCAUGUCAGUAGUAACUGAGACUUCAGAAUCAAGCACUUUGGAUUCACCUUCAUCAGAAGCUGGAACUAGAGCAUUGUGUGAGGUGAAUAAUGCUGACAGUAGUUGUAUGGAAGAGAGAAGUGUUCACCUAAAAAAUAAAGCACUGGGAACUGAUCAAACGGAGAAUGUUAAACCAAUGUCGAAAGGACAACUCCAGAGACCUAAGCCCAAUUUAUCAAGGGCAGUUGGGAAGAAAUCAGUUCUUUCACAAGGAAAAAUAGAUGCAGAGAGGAAGAGUUUACAUCCAGAAACCUCAGUUGAAAAGAAUCAGAUGGAAAGGGGUGAAAUGAAUACAUUUGACAUUACUGGAAUGGACGAUACACAGAGAGGGAACCCAGAAGCUGAAACUGUAUCUGAUUUGAGUGAAAAAAUUUGUCUGCAGGAAGGUGAUCAACCAAAGGCUUUCAGACCUUCACGACUAAUGAGGGGCCGAUUGCAAAGGCCAAAGCCAAAUAUAGGUAAAGCUACUGAAAGAAAAGAAAUUCUUGCAUCUCAGGAAAAAAUUAGGGCCACUGAAGAAAAGAAUGAAAAUGACACCUGUAUUGAUAGAGAUACCCCUGGACAAAUAGAAGAUCAGUCAUGUAAAAAUUUUGAAUGUGAAGAGAUCAUGUCUCAAUCUGAGGAAAAAGAUAAUUCUUUUAAGAAUAUACAGUUAGAUGAGCCCAAGGCUGUCAGUGAAAAUCUAAGUAUUCAGGAGGAUAAUAAUGUAGAUGUACUCAAACAAGCCCCAGUUCUAAAGACUCGGUUUCAAAAACUAAAGCCAAAUAUAGAAAGAAGAACUGGAACAAAAGAAAUUUCCUCAAAAGAAGAGGUACCAGAGGAGAUUCUUGCCUCUGGGGAAAUGACAGGAGCUUUGAGAGAAGUUGAAAGACAGGAAACCUCACCAAGGGAGGAUAAUACUACUAAGGAAAUGGAGUUGGCUUUAAAAGAAACUGGAAUAGUCAUGUCUCCCAGGGAGAACAUGCCAGAAAUGCUGGAUGUCACUGUGGAAAUGGAGGCAGAUUUGCAGGAAACUGGAAGAGAGAUUUUUCCAAGGGACAAGAUACCAAACGUGACUGAUGCCACUAAGGAGCAAGAGAUAGAUUUGGAAGAAGCCGGAAGAAGAGAAAUGUCCCUACAUGAAAAUGCCCCAGAGGAGGCCAGCUCUGAGGAUGGAAGGGAAAUUGGUUUGAAAGGAACUGAAAGAGAACUUUCCCCAAGGGAGGAGACAGCAGAGGUGAUUGAUGCUGCUGAGGACAGAGAGAAAGACUUGGAAGAAACUGGAAGGAGAGAAAUACCAACACAGGAAAAGGCUCCCAAAGCCAAGACUGUAGGUAAAACGGAGGCAGAUAUGAAAGAUAUUGGAGAAGACAUUUCUCCAAUGGAAAGAGUACUAGUUGGGAUUGGUGCCAUAAAGGCAGGGGGGAUUGAUUGGACAGAAACUGGAAAAAGAGACAUUUUCAUGGUGGAAAAUGUACCAGGAAAGAUGAUCGCCAUUGAGGAAAAAGAGGGAGAUUUGAAAGAAACUGGAAUAGAGAUUUCCUUGAGGAAAAGUGGAUCAGAAGAUAUUAGUGCUACUGAGGAAAUGGUAGUGGAUUUGAAAAAAACAGACAUUUAUCUAAGGGAAAAUGAACCAGAAGAGCCUGGGACCUCCAUACAAACUGAGACAGAUCUGAGGAAGAGCAAUAGUGGGAACUGCAGCGCUAUGCCGUCACUAAACACCAAGAACAUUAGCAGUGAAGUGCUGUCCAUGGUGCAUACAUCUGUAGAAGAAAAAAGAAAUUCUGAAGAGGAAGUAUCAAGUCAGUCGAGUCACUUGAAGACUUCUUUGCAGACUUCUGAGUUUGAUGAAACAGAAUACCAAGGGUUACAAUCUCCAGAUGUUCCAGAAAAGUUUUCAGAUAUUAAUUUAAGCAAAUCUCUUCCUCAAGAACAGAAGCCAUUUGAGGUCAAACCAGCACCUUUAGUGAGAAGUCGAUUCAAAAGACUGAAACCAAACUUAGCAAAAGCAGCUUUAAAGAAAGAGAUUAAGGAAGCAGAAAAAUAUGUACCUGGGAAGAAACUGGAAACUGAUAAAAGGGAGACUAUUGUGAUAAAACAGAACAGUGAACAAACGAAUACUCUCCUUUUCCAACAUGAUGUGGCUUCCCUAAUGACAGGAGAAAAAGAAACAUCAGGUCACAGGAAGGAGGAGCCUGGGAUAUUCCCUUGUAUACAGCCUGAAAAGGACCCUUCAAUAUUGAGUUCUUGUGUGUCUAAAGAGGAGUCUCAGUCUACACAAGCCCAAGAGAAGGAAUUAGUUGUUUCUAUGGGAGCUUAUAAUAGAGACACUUACGAACAAGAAAUGAAGGAAGGUGUUACCCAAACUGCUCAGUCAGUAAGGGGCCAACUUCAGAGACCUAGACCAAAUGUAAGAAAGCCUGGACAGAAGCAAAUAGAAGAAAAAGGUGAAGCCAAGGGCGUAAGUAAAGAAGAAGGAACAAUACUACAAAAAGAUGGAGCUAAAGAGAAAUUCCUUACUGUGCCAAUUUCUCAAGUUAGUACUGAAGUCAAGGUUGUAUCCUCCAAAGUUUCAGAAGGUGGAAUGUAUGAAAAUCAGAGUCACAUGGUUCUUGUAGAAAACCUUCAUGUUAACAAAAUAAAUGUUGUAGAUGAAAAGAUGAGACAUGAACAUAAAACGUAUGUUCGUAGUCCAGCACAGUUGGUAAGAAAGCAAUUCCAAGAGGCUAAACCAAAUUUGGGGAGAACAUAUGGUAAGAAAAAGGAACCAGGUAUAGAAAAAGACAGAGCAAAUCAGACUGAGGCAGGGAAGCCAGAAGAUAAUUUGCUGCAGCAAGGAGAUUCUGAUAUCCAGCUCCUUCAAAAAGAAAAGGCUGAGUUCUUGACAUCUCAGGAGGCUUCAGUAAGAAAAGAUUGUGUAGGUGCCAGAGAAGCUGCUUUGGCCAAAAAAGAUGCUCACUCAGAAGUUGGACUGUCAGGAAGUGUUGGAGAGAAAACGACAGGGGAUAAUUCUGUGUCUUCAGUUGUUGAAGAGCAACAUCUCAGUAAACUAACAAGCUGUCCACAACUGUUAAAAGAACCAAAUUAUGCUAAAAUUGCUCUGGGUCGAAGAACAACUAUCUCUUUUGCCUCUAAGUGUGAGAUAGAUCAUAGUGAAAGAAGAAUGCAUCGGAAAAUCAAACCAAACGUCACCAAAGGGCGUGGAUCAAAACGGAUUCGUAGUAAGACCCCUAAGAAGGAACCUCGACCUUCCAGGGCCGUGCUGGUGACUCUUCGGGCUCCCCAGGAAGAAGACGAAGAUGAUGCUGAGUAUUUUGAUCCUGACUACGAAGAAGAAAACUAUCAGCUUGCUCCAGAAGAAGUAAACAAAGCUCCAGUAUUUGUACCUAUUGGUCUCAGAUCUCCUGAACCUGUUUCUUCUCAGAUUGAGGAAACGAUGGAAGAGCUUGAAAUAACUGUGAAUGUCCCAGAUGUUGGAUGCAUAGCUAUUGUUGAACAGCUCUCAAACACAGAUGUGACUACUCAGGAAAUGAAACAAGAAAAUUUGAAUGCAUUGUCAGUUGAAAUGACCACAGGUGAACAUACCCAAGAUGAAACAGGUACCAAUGAUGGAAGCACAGAAGCUGCCAUAACUUUACUUACAAUGGGAGAUCUAGUGUUGCAGUCAGAGAUCAGUACAGAACAGAGUGAUGGAGUACAUGUACUUCCUGAUGUUCAUUCAAAGGAUACGAGUCAGGUUCCUUUUAGCCCAGAUAAUGUAAAUCACAAAAUUGCUCUUGAAUGUCAGGAGCUGUUUUCAUCUGUCAAUAGUACAUCUCCAUCAUUAGAAGAAAACAAGAUUAUAUUGGAGGAACAAAGUGCUAAAGGAGAAAUGGUUACAACGGAGGAAAUAAAGGAAAAUGCUUUAUCAACCAGGAAUACAACUACUGAAGUGACAAGUAAUUUGAAAGUGAGAAGUGGCUUUGCCAAGCCUCAGCCAAAUCUUAAGAAGAUUUUAGGGACCAGCAGUUUUGAUGCUCAUCAGGAAGUUCCCAGUUUGUUCGUAGAAGGAGAAAUGGAAAUUCAAAGAGAAACUGAGAAACAUGCUUCUAAAGCAACAGGAUUACAAGAUAAAAACCUUGGAUCAGUUACAACAGAAGGAAGUAAGGAGCAGAACAAAUGGGCAUGUGCACAUGGUAUUGAGGAGACCAGUAUCUUACAAGACAAAAACCUAACUGAAAGAAAUGAAGAUCAAGAGGAGGGAUCUCAAGAGGUUCAGAUAUUGUCAGUUGCUCCAGUUGUUUUUUCUGAGACAAGGCCCCACACAUGUGGUUUGGGUAGGGGUCUCAGUGAGAGUUCUAUCCAAGAGCCCCUGAGAAAGGACUCCAUUGCAGACAGUGUCCUUACAUUUCAUUCACCAGAGUGUACAGCAACUAGUAUUCCAGAAGUUCUACAAGAGAAUAUAGUCAAUCCUCAAGAUAUAAUAGUUACUAAUGUACGUCAAGAUGGUGAGGAUGAACAAGCAUUCAUUUUAACUCUGGUGGAAAUCCCAACCAAUGCAGUAGAAGAAUUUACUGAUACUACUACACAGUUAAUGCCAAACUCUUUACUGCCAGCACCCAUAUUGGUCAAAUCAGUGAAUAUGGAAGAAAGGGGUGACAUAAGUAUGAAUUUUCCAGUAUCUUCAGUUGUUCAGGAUGCCAUGUGUUUAUCUAAUUCUGGAAGAGAUGAUUCUGAAAAGCCUCCUGCUAAUUUGGAUCUUAUAUCUAGGAAGAGGUUUCAUUGUAGGCUUGAUGAAAGUGACCAUGUUCCUCCUGCCAAAAAAAGUCCACUUACUUUAAGAAACAAUUGUCCAAAACAUACCUCUGAGGCAUGUGCAAAGAAAUUAAAUGUUUUUGAGGAAACAGGGGAAUCUAACAAAGGGCAGGAUAUCUUUCCUUCUUCAGAAAACACACCUACAACUCUAGAACCUCAGAAAGGGCAACUUGAAGCAGCUUUUCAGAGUAUAGGAUCUAGGUCUUCUGAGAGAAUAACAGAUAUGCCUAGAGAAAAAAAUACAUCUCAGUUACCUCAGGAUGAGGUGAUUGUGUCUGAUAAGGAAGAAAGAACUCAUGCUGCUUCUCAGUCUGAACAAAGGGAUUGCAUUGCAUCGUCUUCAAAAACCCCAUUAUCCAGACCUGGCAGAAGACCCCUGGGAUUUUUGUCUUUAAUAUGUUCAAAGAAUAGUUUGGAGUCUGAUGAACCUACUCAGGUUCAUAUUAAGAAACGCCUAAAGCCUCUGAUACCUGUAACAAGACAGAAUUUGAAAAGAUCUAAUCCACUCAAUGAAAGCCAGAAAAAAGGUCAAGAGUCCCCUGAUUUGCUUCCAUCUCCAAGUGUUGUUGUUAAUACUCAGUCUGAGAAUAUUGGCACUUCAUCAACUCAGGUUUCUUGUGAUCGUUCCUUACCAAAAGAAGAAUGUAAAAGUGGCCAAAAUCGGGCAUCUGAAGAGGAACCAACCACAGUCUCUGAAUAUUUCUUUAAUGAUAUCUUUAUUGAAGUGGAUGAAACAGAAUAAAAGUCUUUUUCUUUUUUCUUUUUUAAGUCUAGGAUUUCCAGAGGCAGUUACAUCAACUAAGCAGUAUUUAGAAAAAAGCAUCACUGGCUGUUUCACUUGAGGUUGAUUUUGAAUAUUUAAUGAGUUUGAAAUGGAGCUUAUUGUAUAAUCAGUGGAAAACAUUGCAGAGGUUCCUUUCAAUCAGAUUGACUUAGCAUUUUGGAACUACCAUGCAAUUAAUCCUGCUUUCUCAGACAGAGUAUCAAUUCUUGUUUACAUUUUGACUUUUUCUGUGCUGAACAUACAUGGACGGUUUGGAAUGUUGUGGAUAAAUGUCUUUAUAAAUCACAGUGCUGAUGUGUUUGGAGGUGGAUUGUAUUUAAAUUUAGAAACUUUUGCUUUGUGAAUGAUUUUCUCUUGUGGGGUUUUUGUUUUUGUUUUGUUUUGUUUUAAAUGAUGAAGGCCUUUUCAGUUGUCUCUAAGUAAAUGAAAGCAAAUUGUAAAACACUUCAGUAACGUGAAUGUUAAAAACUUUUCUAUUAUUAGCUAUUUGACUGACUGAAAAAUAGGUAUUUUUCUAACUCAUGUUUAUGUACCUUUGGUCCUAAUUGAAGAACUAGUAUUUAAACUUAUAAUUUAUAAAGUUGAAACAUCAAAAAGCUUAUUUAUUUAAAAUUUUUUAUUUAAAGGAAUAUUCAGUUUUAAUUAUUUUCACCCCUCAGAUUAUAGGUAAAGAAGGCAUUGACAAAUUUAUGUUUUUCUCCUUUCCCUCUUUAACUUUAAGGAUAUUUAGAGUGAUAUAACGAAAGCUAUUUGGAUAGUAUAUAUGUUUUGAAUACAUUUUUCUCAUAGUUUAGUAGAUUGGCUUUGUACUGUGAAUUUUUUGUUUCUUUUAUUUCUUGGAUAAUCUCAGGAUUUGUAUGGAAAUAAACCCUUAACUUCAUUUAUGAGGCAAAUUUCCAUACAAAACUCAAUAUCCUUUACAUCCAUACACACUCACACACACGCAUUCCUUUUUUUAAAAACCAAUUUCUUGAUGGUUUUCCCUCAUUAAAUUCUGCUCAAGGAGCACUUAGGCCUUUAGGUGUAGAACAUGAUUAUGAUGUUAAAAACAGAAAGUAAGGUAUAGUAAAACUUCAUUAAGUCAGUGACUAUCAUCAAUAUGAAUUUAAGGGUUUUUAAUUUCAAGAUUUAAAAUUUUACAUAUGUAGUUCUAUUAUCCACCCAUGUAAAUCUUUUGUGGUUCAAGUUAAACUUCUCAGAGCAAAUUUAUUAUUUUAUUUGAAAAGCCUCCUGGUCAGAUAAUACAGUAGGUCAGGAGUCAGAAAUGUUCUUCACAAAAUAUUUUCGAGUUGAUGGGCCUGAUGGCUUCUGUGGCAACUACUUAACUCUGCUAUUUCAAUGUGAAAACAGCCACAUACAAUGGUGUGAAUGGCUGGAUUGGGCUUUUAGUUUGCUCCCUGCAUUUGACAGUAAUUAUCUAAACUUAAGGGGCUGACUUUAUCUGUGAGAUGUUUGUCAUUGAAGAUAUGAAUUGUGCCUAACAAUUAAAAUUGUAUUGAUUCCAUUGUGAAAUGAUCAGUAUUUCAAUUGGGAAGAUACUUUAAUAUCUAGACAAUUGUGUUUGCAUAUUGAAAAAUAAUGGUGGCCAGUUUUCAAGUUCACUAUAAAAUAGGAGGUAAUUUAUUACUACUGCAAGUAUGGCAGUAAUUGUAAUUUAUUAAACAGUUGAUAUUACAGCUUAUCUUCCUACUGUGUUUUAGUGAAAUUUACAGUUUACUUUUUUGUCAUAAAGGAGGAUCUAUACUGAGUGAAAAUUCUCUAUAGAUAUGCAUUUAUUUAUUUCAUGUGAUUAAUAUGUCACAAAAUCAUGGUAGUAAAUCACAUUGCUAUUGUAAUGCCCUGUUAAAUUUUUUUUUAAGUCUCAUGUUCUGAAAUGGUGUCUUUCAUUAAUUAAUACUAGUUUCAGUGUUAGGUUGCCACAAUUGAACUAUUAUUUUAUCCCUUAUAUACUAUUUAUAUUUUAACUUUGUUAACAUCUGUCUCUCCCUCAUCUACAAUGAAUUAAUUUAUGGCAGAUGUAAUUUCUCACUAUAUAAAGAAUAAUGUAUUUUUGAGCAUUCAUUUAUUAGAGAAUCAAGUCAACCAUCUAAAUUAUCCUAUUAUAUCCUUAAAACUAAUCUUGGGGGAGCAAGAGAACUAUAAUCAGUGUAUUUACCUUAUAGGUGGAAAGACUUGUUCACACCUGUGUUUAAUCUGAUUCAUGUAAAGAUGUUGUUGUGAAGAAUUAUAUUAUAAAUCUUAAUGGAGAUAUGAUUAAAGAUCUUUAUAUUUUUCUUUACUUUUCCUCCUGAACACUUAUAUCUUAGCAAGUGACCAACAUGAUGGUUUAAAAGCCUAAUUGUUGGUAAAUGAUUGAGGCACGGAUAAAAAUAUGAAUAUCUACUGUUACCACCAUGUUAUUUGAAGUAGAAGUGACUAUGUAUACUAUCUUGCUUGAACAGCCUUUGAUGAAAAAGCAAUAUCUGUCAUUUGUAAAUUUUCUUGUUCUAAAGAAAGCAGUUACGUUCUAUACAUACAGUGUAAAUAAAAUUUAUUUUAUACUA